AUGGAACAAGGAACUAAUGGUAGGAUUAUAAUCGACCAAGCAAAGGCUCUACUAAUUUGUGACAGUGUCUUGCAGGGCUUGUCAUGUGAGAGGCUUAACUGUUAUGAUUAUAAACCGCUUGGACUAAGAGCGAUGAGGGGAGUACCAUAUGGUUGUGAUUAUAAACAGCAUGGACUAAGAGUGACGAGGGAGUACAUGACGUUUUCGACACCUUGCCGUGUUCCAAGUGUUCUCACAGCCGGUCUCAAGCCCGGGGCAAAGAGGAGAGGGUGGCUGAAUGAAUUUAUGGAUGGUGGAAGGUGUUAUGUUCUCUCGAGUAUUGACCAAAGGAAAGGAUUUGAAAAAGCCAUAUGUCCAAUGCCUGAAGCUUUGAAAAUACCCUCUUGCCUCUUUCAAGGUUUUGCAAUUCCUUUAAGUACAUAUCCUGUCAUUUCGGAGUUUGGACAUGUGAGCUCAUAG